UUCGACUUCGAACGGCCCCGAGAGCGAUUCGGAACUUUGUGCAAAGAGGAGUCGCAUUCCGAGCUCAUUCUGAUCGGCUUUCCCGGCGUUCGUUUCCCCAGCGCCACGUUUGCCGCCUUCUCCGGCCUCAACGCGUCGGACUCCCACUGGAAUCUGGACAUGAAGGAGUUGGAGUAUUCUCCCAGUGCCAAGGACACGGACGACAAGCGGAUCAACCAUCUCUUGGACGUUUCCAUGUUCAAACCGUAUCGGAGGUACGGUCGAGCUCCGAGGUAUCGGCGUCAAGCCGUCUGCGACCGAGACCUCGGUCAGACGUCUCAUAACAGGACUUACGUCAACAUGAGAAGAUACAUCAGUGAUCAUGCCUCUCGCCAUGCUGCUUGUCACAAGAAAGCACUGAAAGCGGGGAACAAAGCCAACGGGAAUGUGCCAAACGGGAAGAACCUGAAAAAUGUAUCCUUUGCCGUGGAUCGCAUCGACGAGAGUGCCCAAAAGUCAACUCCCCAGAAGAAUGAGCGGAAGGGGACUCCUACCCAUUCCGUGGAAGUGAAUGAGGAAUCCGACCGGAUGCCUAACGACGACGAGGGGAUCAUCUUCUUCACGGCAUCUGGCCGUUCCAGU